AUGUGCGGCAUCAUCGCGUUGAUGCUCGCGAACCGCUUCGAGCACUGCAAUCAGGGCCUCUACGACGGCCUCACUGUGCUGCAGCACCGCGGCCAAGACGCCGCUGGUAUCAUGACGUGCGAGAAGAAGCGCUUGUUCCUGCGCAAGGACAAUGGCCUCGUGCGCGACGUGUUCAAGCAGACGCACAUGCUGAACCUGCGGGGCAACAUGGGCAUUGGCCACUGCCGCUACCCGACCGCUGGCUCGAGCUCGAGCUCGGAGGCGCAGCCGUUCUACACCAACUCGCCCUAUGGCGUUGCGCUCGCGCACAAUGGCAACUUGACCAACUCGCACGAGCUCGUGGACCAGUUGGCCAACACGAACUUUCGGCACGUGAACACGGACUCGGACUCGGAGCUGCUGCUCAAUAUCUUGGCCGACGAGCUCCUCAGACGUGUGGACCGACCGCUGGACACGGAGAUGGUGCUGGACGCUGUCACGGGCGUGUUCAAGCGCUGUCGCGGGGGCUACGCGGCCGUGGUGCUGAUCAACGGGUUUGGCAUUGUCGCGUUCCGUGACGCGCACGGUAUCCGUCCGCUCGUGUACGGCACGCGUAAAAGCCAGCACGGCAGCGACUACGUCGUGGCGUCAGAGAGCGUUGCGAUCGACACGCUUGAGUUCAAGAUGGAGCGCGACUUUGCGCCGGGGGAAGCAAUGGUCAUCAAGCAGAGUGGAGAAAUGACCACGCGGAAGUGCAUACCGGGUGCCAAGCUGUCCCCGUGUAUCUUUGAGCACGUGUACUUUGCCCGACCCGACUCGUUCAUCGACGGUGUCUCAGUGUACCAAGCGCGUCGCAAUAUGGGGGCGAAGCUCGCAGAGAAGAUAUUGCGCGAGCGGCCGGACCACGGCAUUGACGUGGUCAUUCCCAUUCCGGACACGAGCCGCACGUCUGCGCUCGAGGCUUCGCAGAAAAUGAAGAUUCCGUACCGCGAGGGCUUUGUCAAGAACCGAUACAUUGCACGGACGUUCAUCAUGCCUGGCCAAGUUGCGCGCAAGAAAACCGUGCGCAUGAAGUUGAACGCUAUCCGCUCCGAGUUCGAGGGCAAGGUUGUGCUGCUCGUAGACGAUUCGAUUGUUCGUGGCACCACGUCGCGUCAGAUUGUGCAGAUUGCGCGCGAGAACGGCGCCAAGGCCGUGUACUUUGCGUCAGCUGCUCCAGCCAUUCGGCAUCCCAACGUUUACGGCAUCGACAUGCCCACGACGGAGGAGCUCAUUGCCUUUAACAAAACUGCGGCUCAGGUGGCCAAGGAGAUUGGCUGCGAGUGGAUGAUUUUCCAGGAGCUGAACGACUUGGAGGAUUGCGUGCGGCAAGAGAGCUCGGCGCUCGCGGGUUUCGACUCGUCGUGCUUCAACGGCGUCUACGUUACAGGCGACGUGAACGAGGCGUAUUUCGAGCGGUUGCACGCUGAACGUUGCGACGCGCGCAUGCAGACGAAGAACAUGGGCUUUACACCAUUCAGCCGGACAAUCUCUGCUCCUCAGUCUGACGAGAGCAUCGACAUGUACAACGCUCCGCAGUGA